CUCACUCACGGUCACGGAACUCACUCCGUCGGCGUCUGCCUCUCUCCCUCUCCUUCUCUCGACUAUCGACUUCGACGACUUGUGAGUCUUAUAACAAAUAAAACUGGAAGAGGAGGAAACAGUAGCUGUACAGUGCCAGGGUUUGCACGAUCACGCGAUUGCGCCCGAAAUGCUCAAUGUUUACAUAUAAGGUCUUGUUUGGCCAAUGGAAAUGGUGGUGUUAAACAGGAGACUCAUGGCAUCGGAAAAAGAGAUGGGGUGAUAAUUGUUGAUCAUGGGUCGCGUCGAAAAGAGUCCAAUCUUAUGCUAAAUGAGUUUGUGGCAAUGUUUGCAGAGAAAACUGGGCACUCAAUUGUAGAGCCUGCUCAUAUGGAGCUGGCCAAACCAUCAAUACAAGAUGCUUUUCAUUCCUGUGUCCAACAAGGUGCAAAUCGUGUAAUUAUAAGCCCUUUUUUCCUCUUCCCAGGGCGACACUGGCACCAGGACAUCCCAUCCUUAAGUGCUGAAGCUGCAAAAGACUUUCCGGGCGUGUCAUAUAUGAUAACUGCUCCUCUCGGACUACAUCCACUUCUUGUGGAUGUAGUGGAUGACAGAAUUAAACAUUGCUUAAGCCAUGUUGCUGGAGAUGCGGACGAGUGUGCAGUUUGUGCAGGAACAGGAAAAUGUCAUCUUUAUUGAUUUAUUUAGCUGUCGGUACUAUGAAAAUGUUACAGUGAAAAAUUGUAAACCUCUACAAAAAGUUUCGGGUAGAUUAAAAUGUUCAUUUACAUCAUCACUCAAUAAUCUCCGAUGGCAUCAAAGUAAAUAGAAGGUUCAUUAUGAUUCC